AUGUCUCACCCAACAACUGCUGAAGGUGCAACUCUGACUGAACAACUACUAGACUGUUCGAGAAGAAACAAUGUUGAUUUAUUAGACUCUAUUUUUGAAAGUUUAAAUCAUGACCCUCAUAAAAUUGCUGAGCUAAUCAAUGAAUCAAAAGAUCCGUUGGGUAACACUUGCUUACAUUUAUGCUGUAAAUAUGGGUCAUGGGAAGUGUUAGACAAAAUUUUAGAUCAAGAGGGCGGUAUAGAGAUCGAUCCCCAGAAUAAUAUAGAUGGAGACACUCCAUUACAUGUAGCAGUUAGAUAUUCCUUAACUGAACCGGAACAUGGUACCUUCAUUUGCCAAAAUUUAAUUGAUUGUGGUGCAGAUGCUAGAAUAAAGAAUAAAGCUGGUGAAAAGCCUAUAGAUCUAGUACACGGCGAUGACCUGGACGAUUUAGCAGAUUUAUUACAAGGUGCUGAAAUUGCAGCAGACGAAGGACCUAACAUUGCUGCCGAAAAUGUAGAUGAUGAUGACGAUGAUGGCAACGAUGAUGAGGAAGAUGAUGAUGACGAUGAUGACAGUGAUAAAAGUAAUAAACAUUAA